CGGGACCGGGACCGGGGCGGCGGCGGCGGGGCCAUGGCGGAGCCGGGCUGCGGGGCCCAGUUCCGGGCCGCCGUGCGCGUCAUCCAGGGGCUGCCCCGCAGCGGCUCGUACCGGCCGUCCUACGAGGAGAUGCUGCGCUUCUACAGCUACUACAAGCAGGCGACGGCGGGGCGCUGCCAGGGCCCCCGGCCCGGCUUCUGGGACCCCAUCGGCCGGUACAAGUGGGACGCGUGGCACAGCCUGGGGCGGAUGUCCAAGGAGGAGGCCAUGGCCGCGUACGUGGCCGAGAUGAAGAAGGUGGCCCAGAAGGUCAUCGACACGGUGCCCAUGGACGAGGCGACGCGGGAGAUGUUCAAGUACUUCGAGCCGCUCUACGAGGUGAUCCGCGACAUGCCGCGGCCCCCCGAGGACUUCUUCAAAGGGGAAGGGGACGGGCAGGAGCAGGCGGCCGACCCCAGCCAGGACGAGCGAGCGAGCAGCCCGGCCCAGGAGCGGCGGGAGGAGCAGGACGGGCAGCGAGCGCCAGGAGGAGGGCUGGCUCCUGCUGCCGACACGCGCGAGGGUAGCCAGGUGGCCAGCGACUCCGAGGGGGAAGUGUUCUGCGACACCCUGGAGCAGAUGGAGCCCGAGCAGGCUGGGCAGCCGCUGGCCAAGCAGGGGCUCUCCCCGAGCAGCGCCCAAGCCGGGCCUGAGCCCCGAGCGCCCCGUGCCGCUGGGCGGGGAGAGCGGGGCGAAGGCAGAAGACGAGCGGGGAGGAGCGGCACUGGCCUCGCAGCCCCGGGCUCUGACAGAGAUCCGCAGCUCGCCGGGGCGGCGCAGGAUGCCGAGGGCGCCCCUGAGCUUGCCCACGGGAGCCAGGGGCUGCUGGUGGAGGUGGACGCCCACGUGGCCGGCACCGUGCGGGCCCUGCAGGACGACAUGCAGCGCGUGCUGCAGCGCCUGAGCGAGCUGGAGACGCUCGCCUCCGCGCAGGGCGGCGCCUCCGGGACCGAACGUGGCCGGCUGCUUGCGCCGCAGGCAGCGUCCCCGUGGCCGCUGGCGGUGUCCCCGCGCACCCUGCUCUUCCUCCUCGCCUGGCCCUUCGUCACCCAGUGGCUGCUGCGCCGCUGGCAGGGCACCAAGAGGUGACCGCCGCGGGACGGCCCCGCUCCGCCCGCCCCGCCGCCGCCACCGUCCCUCGUUCCGGCUUCUCACGAGCCGGGACCGGCGCACCGGGGAGGGACGGGGCUCCCGGC